GUUCAGGUCGGUCGCUUCGAUCUUCAUCUUUAUCAUCUUCAACGUUGCGAAAAUCUCGUGGUUGAGCACUCUACUUGUCUUCUUAAUCGCCGUCUUUUAGGCUGCCAGGCUGCCAGUCUUGAGCACAGCGCCGACGAUCCCCAGUCCCUCAGCCUCCCUCCCCGCUGCCCCUGCCAUCCCCUCGCCAUGCGUCUCCUCGCCCCAGUUCUACUCAUCUGGGCUACGCUCUUUAGCGCCGACACGGCAGACGCCAAGUCGCACGUCAAGAUCAUUCUUACAGUCCCGACGCUUGUGCAGUGCGAGAAGGCCACGUUGCAUUGGAAGGGCGGCAACUCGCCAUUCCGAGUGUGGGCGCAGGAGGACUCGCGCAACCCGGACGGCAUCUCGCACAUUGCGAACUCGACGCAGAACCGCUUCGCCGAAUGGACGGUCGACGCGCCGGCGGGCACACGCGUCUCGCUGCGCCUGCGCGACGCCAAAGGCCACUGGGUGCGCACUCACGCAGUAGUCUACGCGGGGGCGGACGACGCGUGCGUCAACCUGGCGUACCCGGACCCGACGGAGCCCGCGGAGUCCGCGCCGCCGCGGCCGUGGCGGUUGACGCGGGGGCUCGAGUUCCUCGCGCUCGCCGCAGCCGUCCUCGUCGCGUGCGGCGGCAUCGUGUGGGCGCUAGGCGGGCGCCGCGAGUCCGAGGUGCGCGGCGAGUAUGCGCAGGUCCAGACUCUGGUUGAGCUCUCAUCUUUCCCCACUCCCCUCGACGACAUGCCCUACAUCUCCCCCAAGCAGGUCGCGAGCGCGCGCGCCGCCGCCGAGAUCGCCCACCUCGCCUCAAGUCUAGAGAACUCCAAGCUCGAGCCUACCGCCUCCACAUCCGCCGAGCCAAGUAGCGAGACCGACAAGGAGCCGCCAGCCGAGGCGCCCGACUCCGAGUCCGUCCAGGCUGCCGAGGCUACCGAGGACGCGCCCACCUCGUCGCCCACCGACGCAUCACCCCUCACCUCGUCGCGGUCACAUACCCCCGAGAUGCCGAGCCUCAUCUCGUGCGGCACCGACAGCAGUAACAGCCUGCACACGCUAUCGUCGAUCGCAUCGGAUGACGCCGAGGACACGGCCGAGAUCGUCGAGCCGGAAGACGACGUCGUUGUCGUGGAGGACGAGAUCGUUGACGACGUCCUGGUCAAGACGCCCGAGAUGGUGCAGUACCACCGCGACGUGAUUGCAUUCACCAAGCCGCUAUACGACCGCGCCAAGAUGGUCGUGGAGCGCAAGCUGCGUGUCCAGCGCGCACGCGGCGUCGCCUGCUGAUCUGCUGGAGUUUGGUCGGGAUCGUUUUGAUCGUUUUGCAUGUCAUUAUAGCAUCGAUGUAUCACUUAGUCACCCA